GAUCGCAGAGACGAAGGAGGCGCCCGCGGCUGCAGAGCUGCAGAGCAGGGUCUCUCCGGCUUCUGUGUCCGGGCACCGGGCGCGCCACUGGGCCAGAGGGCAGUGCAUCCUUUCGGUGCGGGCCGCCAGGGCCCCUGCGGUCGGCAAGCUGGCUCCCCGGGUGGCCACCGGGACCCCCGAGCCCAAUGGCGGGGGCGGCAGCAAAAUCGACAGCACUGUAGAGAUCACCCCCAGCCCCAACGGAGUCGGGACCCUCGGAGAUGCGGUGCCCACGGAGCAGCUGCAGGGUGAGCGGGAGCGCGAACGCGAGCGGGAGGGGGAGGGCGACGCGGGUGGCGACGGGAUGGGCAGCAGCCUGUCGCUGGCCGUGCCCCCCGGCCCCCUCAGCUUCGAGGCGCUGCUCGCCCAGGUGGGGGCGCUGGGCGGCGGCCAGCAGCUGCAGCUCGGCCUCUGCUGCCUGCCCGUGCUCUUUGUGGCGCUGGGCAUGGCCUCGGACCCCAUCUUCACGCUGGCGCCCCCGCUGCAUUGCCACUACGGGGCCUUCGCCCCCAACGCCUCUGGCUGGGAGCAGCCCCCCAACGCCAGCGGCGUCAGCGUCGCCAGCGCCGCCCUAGCAGCCAGCGCCGCCAGCCGCAUCGCCACCAGUACGGACCCCUCGUGCAGUGGCUUCGCCCCGCCGGACUUCAACCACUGCCUCAAGGACUGGGACUAUAACGGCCUCCCCGUGCUCACCACCAACGCCAUCGGCCAGUGGGAUCUGGUGUGUGACCUGGGCUGGCAGGUGAUCCUGGAGCAGAUCCUCUUCAUCUUGGGCUUUGCCUCUGGCUACCUGUUCCUGGGCUACCCGGCAGACAGGUUUGGCCGUCGUGGGAUUGUGCUGCUGACCUUGGGACUGGUGGGCCCCUGUGGAGUGGGAGGGGCUGCUGCAGGCUCCUCCACAGGUGUCAUGGCCCUCCGAUUCCUCCUGGGCUUUCUGCUUGCCGGUGUUGACCUUGGGGUCUACCUGAUGCGCCUGGAGCUGUGCGACCCAACCCAGAGGCUUCGGGUGGCCCUGGCAGGGGAGUUAGUGGGAGUAGGGGGGCACUUCCUGUUCCUGGGCCUGGCCCUUGUCUCUAAGGACUGGCGAUUUCUGCAGCGAAUGAUCACCGCUCCCUGCAUCCUCUUCCUGUUUUAUGGCUGGCCUGGUCUGUUUCUGGAGUCCGCACGGUGGCUGAUAGUGAAGCGACAGAUUGAGGAGGCCCAGUCUGUGCUGAGGAUACUGGCUGAGCGGAACCGGCCCCAUGGGCAGAUGCUGGGAGAGGAGGCCCAGGAGGCCCUGCAGGACCUGGAGAACACCUGUCCUCUCCCUGCAACAUCCUCCUUUUCCUUCGCUUCCCUCCUCAACUACCGCAACAUCUGGAAAAAUCUACUUAUCCUGGGAUUCACCAACUUUAUUGCCCACGCCAUUCGCCACUGCUACCAGCCUGUGGGAGGAGGAGGGAGCCCAUCAGACUUCUACCUGUGCUCCUUGCUGGCCAGCGGCACAGCUGCCCUGGCCUGCGUCUUCCUGGGAGUCACCGUGGACCGAUUUGGCCGCCGGGGCAUCCUGCUUCUCUCGAUGACCCUCACUGGCAUUGCGUCCCUGGUCCUGCUGGGCCUGUGGGAUUAUCUGAACGAGGCCGCCAUCACCACCUUCUCUGUCCUUGGCCUCUUCUCCUCCCAAGCUGCUGGCAUCCUCAGCACCCUCCUUGCUGCUGAAGUCAUCCCUACCACUGUCCGGGGCCGAGGCCUGGGCCUGAUCAUGGCACUGGGGGCACUUGGCGGGCUGAGUGGCCCAGCCCAGCGCCUCCACAUGGGCCAUGGAGCUUUCCUGCAGCACGUGGUGCUGGCGGCCUGUGCUCUCCUCUGCAUCCUCAGCAUCAUGCUUCUGCCGGAGACCAAACGCAAGCUCCUGCCUGAGGUGCUCCGGGAUGGGGAGCUGUGCCGCCGGCCUUCCCUGCUGCGGCAGCCACCCCCUAACCGCUGUGACCACGUUCCACUGCUUGCCACCCCCAACCCUGCCCUCUGAGCGACCUUCGAGCACCCUGGCAGGAGGCUGGCCCAUACAGAAAGGUGGCACAAGGCCCUGGCAAGGAGAGCGGGAGGACUGAAUGAGGAAGGCAGGGCUGCCCUGAAGCCUCAGAGGCACCUCACGCCAGUCAUCAUGGAGAGCUCAGAGGGCUGCCCUCAACCCCGUCUCCUCCUUGCUGCUUUGUGUUCACUUCCUUGGCAAGAGUGAGGGGACGGGGAGGGAGCUCCACACUGUAUCCACCAGGUCUGGGCUCCAUCCUAUGCCCAAAGACAUCCUCCCAGGCCUCAUUCUUUCUUGCUCUAUCACUCUGUUUCAAUA